AUGGAAAAAAACUUGUGCACGAAAAAGUAUCCUCGGCCGUAUAACGACAACACUUCAAUUGACAAAUCCGGGUAUGUGUUAUAUCGUAGACGCCGAAACGACGAUGCGUCUACAGUAAAAGCUGGGGCUGUACUAGAGAACACUUUUGUCGUACCUCAUAACAUUAAGCUUGUGAAGAAGUACGAAGCUCAUAUUAAUGUUGAAUGGUGUAAUCGUACAAGCGCGGUGAAAUACUUAUUCAAGUACAUAACCAAGGGCGUUGACCGAGCAACAGCUGUUAUUGAGAAUGGAAAUACAGCAGCUACAUCUGACGCCACAGGAUCCGGAGGAUCAAAGGAGAAAGUCGUCAGGCAACGCAAUGAGAUCCAAGACUACAUCGAAGCCCGAUAUUUAUCAGCAUGUGAGUCUAUGUGGCGGACUUUCGCAUUCCACAUACACAAAAGAAAGCCAUCAGUUGAGAAGCUUAUCAUUCACUUGGAAGGCGAACAUAAUAUUACGGUUAAAUCAACAGAUAUCCUCGGCCUUGUAAUUCGCAAACCAGUGUGGACUGAACGUAAGAAAGGAAAAACCAUUGGCCGAGUCGUAGCUGUCCAUCCUUCAGCAGGUGAUCGAUACUAUCUGAGAGUCUUCAUUAAUAAGAUUAAGGGUCCUAGAAGUUACGACGAGCUAAAAACAUACAACGACGUGAAAUACCCUGACAUCAAAUCAGUUUGCCACGCACGAGGCUAUUUGGACAAUGAUGUUGAAUGGCUCGAGAGUAUGUCAGAGGGUGCUCGAAGGGCCACCCCAUACCAGCUCCGUGAUAUGUUCGUCACAUUCCUAAACAAUUGCUUCGUUGCAAGCCCUAAAGGACUAUGGAAACACUCAUGGAAAUCAAUGAGCGAGGACAUACUUCACAAGAGGCAAAGGAUCUUAGGUCAAACGAAUCUGGAACUGGACGAUAAGACCCUGGAGCAAUACACAUUGAUAGAAGUAGAAAAGUUGAUGCGCAUGCAAGAUCGCUCUUUAAAUGAUAUUAAAGAUAUGCCGAAGAUCAACCAUGUUUUGCUCAAGGAAUUGGGAAACAGUUUGUGGAACCAAGAAAUGGAUUACGAUGUUUCCGAGGAAACACUAAGACAUGACAAGCAGUACAACUUACUUAAUGCUGAGCAGCGUGCGAUCUAUGAAUCAGUCUUAGACUCUGUUGAUAAAAAAGAGGGAAAACUUUUCUUUGUAUAUGGCGCAGGGGGCACAGGAAAAAUAUUCCUAUUCCAGCUAUUAUAUCCAGACUUCGCUCAAGAAAACAAAUCGUUCUACCAGUUGCUUCUUCAGGAAUAG